CACAGCGUGUUAGCAAUAUAAAAGUCGGUUCCCGUAGCGGCUAUCAGAAAUCUACCACAAAACCAACAAAAUGAUCAACUGGAAGGCCUUGGAUAACUUGCCAAUGCUCUUGUACAUUUUGGCGUUGAAGACUUUACUUUUGUGUUUGGCGUUCGCCGGCGCCAAAAUCUACCAGAGUAAAAAGGCUGAAGCGAUUCUAAAGAAACAACAAGAGGAGAGGCGCAGACUGGCCCAGAGGGCACAGGAACUCAUAGACAACAAGAAGGACGACUAGUGAACCACAGAUACAGUUGAAAAGACUGGGGAGUUCUGACGCCAGUUUUGGACCUGGGACUUUUUUAAAAUCAGAGACAUUUUGCUGCUUUGAAGAACUAUGGAC